AUGAAGAAGGCCUACUGCGAGGCCGGAGGAGUACAACUUGAAGGCUCCCAACUCGUGGAAACUUCGUCAUACGUGUACCUCGGACGUUCCAUGAACAUGGAAAACGACUUGAAGGAAGAACCGAAUAGAAGAAUGAGAGCAGCAUGGGUUGCAUUCGCACUCGUCAUGGAAGCCACAGACCAACUGACGGACCAAGAUCUUCGUACCCAUCUGUUUGACUCGAUAGUUCUUACAGCGCUCUGUUACGCAGCGGAGACGUGA